AUGGAGGAGGCUGAGGCGGCAACGUUGCGUGCUUUCAAGAGGGGCAGAUCUAUUCCGGUUGAUGACCAUGGAAAACCACCGGAGAGCGGUAGCCACCUUGAAGAUCCGCGGAGCCUCGAGGAUCUCAUCAGCAGCCUCCCCGAUGCCAUCCUUGGUACCAUAAUUUUUCUCCUCCCUACUAAAGACGGCGUGCGCACACAGGUAUGCUCCCGACGUUGGCUUCCUCUCUGGCGCUCCGCACCUCUCAACCUCAUGGUUGACCAUCACCUUGCCAUGCUCGACCUAGAAACCAUCACCGAUGUGGUCUCCAAGAUCCUAUCGGAUCAUCAAGGUCCCGCUCGCCGCAUCUCGCUCCACCUCGCCUUCCUCGCCGGACGUCGGCGCGAGAUUGAUGGAUGGCUUCACUCCCAAUCCCUCGAUAACCUCGAGGAGAUCGAGGUCACAAACAUUGGACCAGCACACUACAAACUGCCUCCGGCUGUGCUCCACUUCGCGCCCACGCUCUGCACGGUCAAGCUCCAUAGAUGUCGAUUCCCCAACUUGGGAAAGGUUGCUGUCAGCUUGACAACCAAAAUGCACGCCAUGAAGAUUCUGUUUCUUGACUCUGUUGGUCCUAACUUUAAUAUGGUUUUUGACUUCCUCAAGUGCUUUCCUUGCUUGGAGAGGUUGUAUGUUAGUUCAUACCCAGAAAAGGGUAUGGAUAGUUUGCGCAACUAUGACCCACAGGAUCCAGUGGAAUGCCUUGAGUUUCAUCUCAAAAAAGUGGUGUUAAAGAAUUAUAAUGGUAAUAACAAGGCAGCUGUCGACUUUGCAAAGUUCAUUAUUUUGAAUGCAAAAGUUCUAAAGGAGAUGAAAAUUGAAGUCAUUAGCAACCGCAGCGACAAGCGACGGCAAUAUCACCGUAGGCAGUUGCAAGUGGAGAACAGGGCUUCUCAAGAUGCCCGUGUUGAACUCAGUAGGUCCUUGCCAGGAAUCAUGGAUGAUCGAUAUGGCCAUGAUUUCUCAAGGGCUGAUCCCUGGGACAUAGUUGAAUAG